UGACCUUUGCAAUCCUACACCUGUGUACCUGUAGCUCAUCAUAGCUGAUGAGCGACUUGAGGAAGCAAAACAUACUACUUUUUCUCACAUGAUUAAGACUUGAUUAUUAUCAACAAACAAGAUGGACGAUGGACAGCCAACAGACAAAGAGGAGCCUACAAUAAGCCAAGAGCAAGAGGGGAAUGGUCUGGAUUGGCUCCUCAGAACGGACAGCUCAGAGAUAAUUCCUGCACCGAUGGAUACCAACGUCUUAUUAGCAAGAGAAUGUGAUACCACUGAUGACAGCAUUAACAAUAAAGAAUUCACCAGGGAGAGAGUCUUUGAAGCAGCAUCUCAGGGAGACACAACUGAACUUGUUGGCCUGCUUGACUACCUACGAGUUACUAAAAAGAAACUUACCAGCCCAGAAUUCACAGAUGAAACUAAUGGGAAGACGGCGCUCCUGAAAGCAUUGAUGAAUCUGAAAGAUGGCAAAAAUGACACAAUCGAGGUCCUCCUUGACAUAGCGGAAAAAACUGGAGACUUAGAAAAUUUCAUCAACGCUUCUUACCAAGAUCCUUGUUACAAUGGUCAGACAGCACUGCACAUCGCCAUUGAGAGAAGGAGCUUUGACCAUGUGAAACUGCUGGUCCAGAAAGGAGCAGAUGUACAAGCCAAAGCCAAUGGGAAGUUCUUCCAGCGUAAUGCAGGACUGGGCUUUUAUUUUGGAGAGCUUCCUCUGUCACUGGCUGCUUGCACCAACCAGCCUGAUGUCGUGGCCUUCCUCAUGGAAAACCCUUACACAAGAGCCGACGUGGCUGACAAGGACUUGCGAGGAAACACUGUCUUGCAUGCCUUGGUGGUCAUAGCAGACAAUACGGAUGAAAACACAGAAAUGAUUGCAAAGAUGUAUGAUGAGAUCCUUACUCAGCACAACAGACUUGAGAAGAAAACAAUAGUCCAGUUGGAAGAGAUCGAAAAUGAUAAGGGGCUGACUCCUCUGAAGUUGGCUGCCAAGCUGGGCAAGAUUGGGCUCUUCAAGCACAUGUUACACCGUGAAUUUGUGGAUGAGGAGAUGAGGCCGCUGUCCAGGAAGUUCACAGAAUGGGUCUAUGGACCAGUUCACUCUUCACUUUAUGACCUGAGUUCCAUUGACACCAAUGAAAAAAACUCUGUGUUGGAGAUAGUUGUCUUCGGGAGUGAAAUUCCAAAUCGACCUGAGAUGCUCCAGAUUGAGCCUCUGCGCAGUCUUCUCCAGAAUAAGUGGGACAGAUUUGCUUCCAAAUUAUUCUUGAUGAAUUUCCUGAUUUACCUGGCGUACCUGAUCAUCUUCACCACUGUGGCCUUCUACAGAAAAGAAGGACAGCCACCAUUUCCCGUUGACAAUGUCCCGCUUGACCACGUUCGUUGCAUUGGCGAGGUGAUCAGUGUCCUUGGAGCAGUAUGGUUUUUCUAUAAAGCGAUAAUUAUUUUCAAGAGGAACCCCCCAACCUUCAAGGCUCUAUACACAACUGGAUUCUGUGACAUACUAUUUUUCCUGCAGGCAGCACUCAUUUUGGUCUGCACAGUUUUGUACUUCUGUGGACGAAAAGAAUACGUUGGACUCCUCGUGCUCGCGCUGGCCCUUGCCUGGAUCAAUGUUCUUUACUACUCAAGAGGCUCUAAACAAAUGGGGAUGUACAGCGUCAUGAUGGAAAGGAUAAUCCUGGGUGACCUGUUGCACUUUUUAUGCGUCUAUGGGGUCCUGCUAUUUGGAUUUUCUGCUGCUGUUGUUGCUGUCAUACGCGACUCUCCUCCAGCUUGUAGAAAGGUCCGCAAUGGCACACUGCCACGUGGAAGCAGUCCUGUUGUCAAGACAUUAAAGUGCAAGAAGUCAAGUUACAAUGAUAUCCGUUUCGCAACACUGGAAAUGUUCAAGUUCACUAUUGGAAUGGGAGACCUGCAGUUCACUGACCAUGUUCAGUACAAGGAAGUUUUCUACAUCUUGCUCAUCUCGUACAUUGUUAUCACUUACAUCCUGCUGCUCAACAUGUUGAUAGCUCUGAUGGGCUACACAGUGGAAAGAGUCUCCAAACAAAUUGAAAACAUCUGGAACCUGCAGAGGGCUUCUACCAUUUUGGACAUGGAGGGGACCCUGCCAAGGUGCCUUGUGAAUAAGCUGCACUCCGGGAUGUCGAAGAUGGUGCGUUUAAAAAACGAGGAGGACGAGAGUCGUCAGUUUUUCAGGGUGGAGGAAAUUAAUUGGAAAAAGUGGAGGUCAGAUGUCGGUGUUGUCCAGGAGGAGGACCCUGGGGAAAGCAUGAUGAAGCCACUGUCCCGUGAACACACUCCUAGGUCUCGAUGGCACAUAAAUCCAUUGUUGAAGAGGAUUCACGCCAGUCACCACCAACCACAGCUCUCCAGUGUUCCUGACGCUCAGCACAACAUCAAAAUACAGAUCCACUAAAACAGAGUUAAAAAUCUAAACACUCAGGUUUAAAAUUUCAUGUGAGCAUUUAUUUGCAGCUGCAGUGGCCCCUCCAUCUUAAAGAAAUGUUUGGAUACCACUGUAACUUUUUAUAUUCUAACUUUUAUAAAGAAAACCAAACUGUACUGUACCUAGUGCAUGUGCCUUAACUACAGAAACCUUUAUAAACACAAAUGCCCUUGUUUUGAAUAUUAUUGUUUGUAGAUAGGUCACAUAUUUAGAAUGUCUUAUUUAAUGAAGUGAACAUAAAUUAAAUAUAAUUUGACAUACACUUUAAAAAAGGGAGGUCCUGAAUAUUGUUGUAGGAGGUCGUUGUUUGCACGAGCUCGUUAAGAUUUCACAUAUGGCUGAUGCAGCUCAUUCUGUGCAUAAUCCUGCACAUACAGUUUUAUAUAGAUUUAGAUAGAUUAUCUUCAAUAUUACGCCUUGCAGAAGCGGCUGCAGAGUGAGUAGCUGGUCAUGUUGCAGGAGGAGCGACCAUGCUGCCUUCAUGUCAAGGUCAGGGUGUGUGGACAGUAACCAGAACCAUCCAGAUACAUUGAGUUAACAGCAACAAACAAUGUCAGAAGACAUAAAAAAAAGACCACACUACAGUGCACAAGUUAAAGGAGCUGAUGGGAUCACACCUCACUGGAGUUGUACCAUGUAUAAUUCAUGUGAUUGAUAUUGAUCUUAAAUAAAAAAUCAUGAUAUCCAGAGAA